CAAUGGCGGGAUUCCAUUCCAGGCGCGAGACUCACUAGGCGGCAAAAUAGAUAAAGGCAUUGUUAAAAGGUAGGCUAAUAACGGUCAGUCUCGCGGAUCAUCAUCAGGAAAGAUGGCGAAAAAUUCAUUUAUGUGGACUGAUGACGAAGUGGAAUUGCUGCUGUCAGUGACACUGCAAUACAAAUGCGAAAAAACUGAAGAGGGCACUGACUGGGAGACAGUGCACUCAAAAUACCCAGACAUAUUGCAGGUAUUUCUGGAGAAAUAUCCAGGAGAAGAGGAGGCCGCGAGGAUGGGGAAAGAAUUCCCACACCCUAAGGACAGCAUGAACAAGCAAAUUAUCAUCACGAAAUUGAAAGCCAUCAGGGCGAAGUAUCGGGAUGCGGUUAAUUCCGGGAGGAAGAGUGGUCAUGGGCGAGUGGUGUUGUUUUUUUAUGAGUUAUGCCAUGAAAUAUGGGGAGGCUCGCCGGCAACACAGAGUAUUGAAAUGGGUCUUGAGUCCAGUGACAUAAAUGCUGCCGUGAGUGAUGUGGUGGAGACAUCGGGUCAAGAGGACGACACAUCCGAGGCAGAAGCCAAUGUCCAUCAGCGACGGAAUUUGCUGCAGGCAAAACUGAAAGGUUACAAACAUGACAAGCUAAAAAGGAGAUGCCCCGAAAACAAUGACGAGGACAUGGAGCUGAAGAGACGAAUGGUCAAUCUGAUGGAGAAGACACAGUCUGCCAAUAUGGACUGCAUGAAUAAAAUAUCUGCCAACAUUGGCCAGCUCACCUCUUCAAUCACAGAAGGGUUUUCUCUCCUGAGACAAGCUAUGCCACCUCCCAUGCAACAUCCCAUGCGUACCCAUUUGCGAUCACCAACCAUUGCACACUUCCCUCAUACCUCAUACUUCCAAACACCACCCACUUUACAUAUGCAACCACACACACCACCCCACUCAACACCUUCAAUGUCAACAGGAUCACAUUUCUCUUAUGUGCGGUCCUUGAAUUCUGAUGAUAUCGACCUAGUUUGAAUUUGAUAUAGGCCUAGUUUACUUAGAAAUAUAGGCUACAGUAUGCAUAGUCUAUUAAUACAGGCUAUGGCCUGUUGCACUUGCUGAAUGCACUGUUAUUUCUGUUUAUUGUUGAUGUAUAAACCACUAAGCCUAGGAAUUAAUAGAUGGCCGUAAUACAAAGGUUUAACCUAGAAGUGGGAAUAAGUUGUCACACUGCUGUUACAUUAAUUUGAAUGGAAUUACAUUGAGUUGAACUUUUGUUUGUGUGCAAAAACAGAGAAAUGAAUAGAUGGAAUGAAUAGCCGUAAUGCAAAGUAUAACCUAG